AUGCCUGAAAAUAAUAGUACCGUAGUGCCACCGCCAAGGAUUCAUCACCCGCCAGCGACGGUGGUAUCCUGUCCUCACCAUCCGCCGGAUGGGUCCCUACCGCCAACCCUCAGGUCCUCCAGCGGAAAACCACCGAUGUCGAUAAUCAAAUUCCUCGAAUUGUGCCUUGCCACCGCAUGCACCGUGCUGCACUACUACAGCUUCGACGACGGUGAUCUGAUAACGGGAUUCCUGGCGACUGGCACCUUUUGCGGAUACAUCGUCAUCCUGACAACGGUUAUGGUUGGAUACCUCAUGAAAGCCCACGUCCACCGGCGGUUGAAUCUUUUCUACAGCCUGCUGGGAUGUGCCCUAUUUCUCACCGCGGGCGUCUUCAUCAUAGAAGCCUGGGAGCACGCCUUCCGGACGCGAACCCGAGACCUGGCCAUCACCAAGGGGUCGGUUGCCAUCAUCAACGGAGUCAUCUUCCUGAUGGAUACGAUUUUCACCUUUCGCGAACGGAAGUAG